UCACACACUAAUGUAUAUCGGAUUCCACUUUAUUGUUUCUCUCUUAGCCAAAAAAUGGUAUCGGACCUAUUUCUACACGCUGCAUAAAUAUAAAAUUAAAUAAAAUCAGAUAUAAAAUAAGUAUAAGCCGUAUCAAGAUGGAAUUUAGUCAACAGACCAUAUAUGAUUUCGAUUAUUUCGAGUAAAUUACAAAUUUUUCAUUUUACGUUAAUACAAAAAAUAUACGCAUUCGCUCUUUCCACCUAAGAUUUCUCUGACAUAACAUUUUUGCAUCUAAAAAUAAUAAUUUUGUUUAAUGCUGUUACAAACCGAGGAGAAUCGAUAUAAUAACAUCAAUAGUCCAUCGAGUUACAAGCAUCGGCCUAACGGAUGAUUACUGCCGCAUUCAUUAUAAAGAUUCUUAUGUAUGCUGAUAUAUUAUAUAUACACAUACGCUUUGUGUUUACAUCAUAAUAUAUUCCCUACGGGACGCGCAUGAAUAAUCAUGGUCGUUUUAUCCAGUAAGUGUCAAUAUUUAGUUUUUUUUUAUCCCUAGACAAAGAGACAAUCAGAGUAUCGAGUCAUUUUUAGAGUUUUUUUUUUUUUUUAUCUGAAGUCUGACACGUAAACAUGGAACAUUUCACAAUAUCUCGGAAUAAGGAUAGAGAUAAGAGAAUCUCUUAAGAUAUAAGAUUUCUGUUUGAAAUUUAUCGAUUAAUUAUUAUUGUUCGUUGGAUGUGGUAUCGAGUGACAAAUAGUAUCGCGCGGUAAGUAGUACCGAGCGGUGUAAGUAGAUAAAGUAAUAACUUAAUUACGAGCUUAUCAUUACUACUAUAAUGCCACAUAAUAUGAUUCGUCCGAAGAGCUAAGUAUUACGCUUAAAAUUAAUUACUCGCGUUUCCUCCCGGUACACUUGCCACAAGUGCUUCGUCAAAUCUAUAAUUUAUAUGAAUUUGCGUUUUGCUUUUAGAUAUUUCUCGAAUAAAUAAUUUUUCUGAAAAUCAAUUUAUCAUCGAUAUUAUUUGUUUUGGUGUUUAAAAUCCUUUCGCUUUUGAUCAGUGAGAUAUCUCGAUAAUGAUUAUCCAGCUAAGAUAUAUUUUUGAUUGCGUGACUUAAAAAUGCAAAUGCAUAUUUUUAGAUGUGGAUCAGGAGCUAUUUUCGUACUCAAGAUUGUUUCAUUAGCACUUGCCGCUGGUAGAUGGAAUUCGCGGAGUAACGAAGUAGUCUAGUAUGCAACAUCUUUAUACCUAAGUAUAUUACUCUUAGCAUUAAUAGUGCAUACACGUAAGUUUUACACUUUAAUUUUUUUUUUUUUGGCGACGUGCACGUCAUUUUUCAUAAUUAUUUUAUGGUUGACUUUUCCCAUAUAGGGGAAAGUUUAUCAAUCAAGCUUACAUAAUCCGCGCGUAGCAAUCCACUUAAAAUCGCCGUCUAUAUUGAUUGUGGUUCAUUAUUCAUUAUUAUAUCGCGAAGCGAUGCACGUAAAACUCAUCUAUUUCUCGUGCGGACGAAAUGUGCUCGCGAAAUUAUCGAUUAAAAUAAAUUAAAUCUGAAGAAUCCAAAGGUACUCAACGAGGUCUAUACGAGAAUCUACAUCGUUAAUUGUCGCGCAAAGCUAACAUCAGUGUUAAUCGUACAACUUUCCUCAUACAUAUACAUAUAUAUGUAUAUUUAUAUAUUAAACGAGAAAGAAGCAAAUCGAAGGAUAUGUAUCUUAAGAAAAAAAAUAUGCGUAUAAUCUAAUAUACUAAAAUAACACACUUUGGGACGUAGCCCACAUUUAAUGAAUGUGCUUUUAGCACUCUCCGUGUUUUCUAAACUUCUGAUGACUCUUGUCGAUGUAAAUAUUUAUUACUCAUGAGGUCAAAGUGUUUCUCAUCUAUUCUCCGAUCUGCGUUUUAUUCGUCGGUCAUCGAAAAAAUAUCUCCAGCAUUUGCUAUGAUUUGUAAAUAAGCCAAACACAGACUCCUAUAUAUUAGGGUAGACCGAGGUCAAAAGUAAUAUACGCGGUGAAAGUAACAACUCAAAUAUCUAUAUAUACAUAUAUAUUGUAGAUACAUACGCGUGUGUUGUCAUCGUAUAAAGCUAAACAAGCUACAACCUACAACAUGUCUCAGUACGUCUGCGGCUUAGUAGAAAUAUUUAUAUUAAAAGUUUAACAUGCUCGGAAAAAGAUACUUUAUGGUCUCGAAAAUAUCUUUUGCCGAUUGCGUUAAACUUUUAAUAUAAAUAUUUCUAUUAAUACGAUUUCUAUUAAACGAUUUCAAGUACUUUUUUCAUUUAUAUUUAAGUUUGGUUAUUUUUGCAUAUUAUAAUGAUUGUUGCUUAUCCAUUUUUGAUAUUUUAUUAUUAAAAAUUUUUAAUGGAAGUUCAAAAACAGUCGCGGACCAUUGUAACAUCAUUGCCUGGAGUCGAUAAUAAUAUUUUAGUUUAUUUUUGCUAACACAAAAAAACUGAAUUUUAAAAGAAUAAGACUUUAUUUUGCUAUUUCUUUUUUGUAUAGAAUAUUUUAGUUUAAUCUAAGAAGAAUUAUUAUAUAAUUUCUGCUAAUGUAAGAAAAAUUAUUAUAUAAUUUGAAUAAUAACUUUUAAUUUUGAUUAUUUAAAAUUGUUACAAUUGACUUCUAAUAAUGUUACGAUCGACUCGGGGACGAUUGUAACAUUUUUCUUUAUUUUUAUUUUUGAUUGAUAAUUUUAAUCUUAUUUACCACAAGGCUUAAAUGUUACGAUUUCCAUAAAGUGAAGUGAAUAUGUUAGCUUGGGGUAUCAAAAGUUUUUUUUUUUUCAUUAUAAUAGUUUCUCCACAAUCAAGUUCUAAAGUCAAAUUGUUACUUUCGGUCCCGACCUAUCCUACAUAAUAAUAUAUAGAAGUAUAUAAGAUAUAAUAUAUAGAAGUCUAUGAAGCCAAUCUUUAAUUUAAUCGUCGAUCAAAAAUUUCUUGGAUAUCUCUAUUUCUCGUGAUUGUAAAAACAAUUAAUUUAGAAAAACAAUUAAUUAAUAUCCCAUCCCGUUUGGUGAUGCAACUUUAUUUCUCUAAUUCGCUACAAUACGGAGGAUACAUCUCAUCUCGACGACGAGAUUAUGCGUUCUAAUUCUUUCUUCGGAUUUCCGGGUUAUUUUUAAAACACAAUUGUCUAAAAUUAUAAGCGAUACCGUCAUCCACUAUUUUACGUCACCCCGCAAUCGUGAUAAUUUAGAAGAGACUGCAAAUUCGAUGUCGCGAAAAUAGAAAGAUUCGAUAACACAUCGACGAUGUGUGCUUAGACAGUCAGAGAUAAUGUCGCUGUCACAGACGAAUUGCAUCACGUAUAUUUUUUGUACAUCAUCGAUUCACAUCGUCAGAUCUUUCAGUUUAGAUAAGGUAAGUAGCAAUACGAUCGCGAGAUGACAAAUUGAUGCAGGAAUGCGAUGAAAUAUGCAAUUGUCACAGCGAGAAUGUACGAAGUGGCUCGAGUUAACCGCAAGUAUGACCGAGUCGGUUUUGAUAGCCAAAAUUCUGUAGCGCUCGUAGGAAGUAUUCUUGGAUGUAUUUUUGGAGAGAAUAGUCAGUGAACGUCACGUGACAUUGUAGGAGCACGCCUCCGCAUCGAGACGUCGACGUUGGUUAUUUAAGAUAGAUCCGCGAUUUGCAUUGAAUCAGAAAGCAGACGAAAUUGUCUGGUGAACUUCGAGUUGACCGAACGCCUCUUCACGUUCCACGUAAGAUGUCGAUUGUGCCUCUAGUUUUCCGCGAUUGGUGGGACGAUAUCGAUCGUCCCGUCUCACGGCUCUUGAAUCAACACUUUGGCACUGGCCUCCACCGAGAUGACCUGAUCUCGAAUUUUACCGGUCUCGAUUUCAAUCGAGCCCCUUUACGCUCGAUUUUAGGGAACACGUACUAUCGACCGUGGAAGAACGUGACGCGUCAGAACUCGAGAGGAUCUAGCACGAUCCAGCUGGACAAUGAUAAUUUCCAGGUGAUACUGGACGUGCAACAAUUCUCACCGGACGAGAUCACGGUGAAGACAGUCGACAACUAUGUUAUUGUCGAGGCCAAGCACGAGGAGAGACAAGACGAGCACGGUUACAUCAGCAGGCACUUCAUACGCAGAUACGUCCUGCCACCAUCUCACGAUCUCGUCAAUGUCACCUCGACCCUCUCCUCGGAUGGUGUACUAACUGUCACGGCGCCCAAAAAGGUACGACCGAGCCAAGACCCACGUUCACAUUCGCCCUGCUCUCUCAUCCGCGGACCCAACCGCGAACGAAUAGAGCCCCUUUCUCUCUUUCUCUCACUCUUUCUCCCUCUCUCGUCUUUGUUAUAG